CCGGAAGUAGAUGUAGCUGUGAUGGUGUAGAGGGGAAUUAGUCUGGUGAUAAGGGGCAGGUUGUGGGAGACCAGUCGGCGUGAGGUGUUAAAAAUACACGCUGAAGCUCUCCUGCCUGAUGGCUCUUAUGUUCUUUCCACAGAUCAGAGUCGGGAUCUGUGACGGCUCUUCAUGGCAGUCAGAAGGGGACACGUUAGAUACUUAAAAGAGGUGUACGACAUGUCGAACGGUUACGAGGAUCACAUGCUGGAGGAGGCGAAGGACGCCAAGACGAAUCUGAUCGUGAACUAUUUGCCGCAGAACAUGUCGCAGGAGGAGCUGCGCAGUCUCUUCAGCAGCAUCGGCGAGGUGGAGAGCGCUAAGCUCAUCCGAGAUAAAGUCGCCGGCCACAGUUUAGGGUACGGCUUUGUUAACUAUGUAAACCCUAGUGAUGCAGAAAGAGCAAUCAGUACUCUGAAUGGCCUGAGGCUACAGUCUAAAACCAUCAAGGUGUCGUACGCACGGCCGAGCUCAGACUCCAUCAAAGACGCCAAUCUGUACAUCAGUGGCCUUCCUAAGACCAUGACGCAGAAAGACGUGGAGGACAUGUUCACACGCUACGGGCGGAUCAUCAACUCGCGCGUGCUCGUCGAUCAGACUUCAGGUCUUUCCCGCGGCGUUGCGUUCAUACGCUUUGACAAGCGCUCAGAGGCAGAGGAUGCCAUUAAAGAGCUGAACGGACAGAAGCCUCCGGCCGCUGCCGAGCCCAUCACCGUGAAGUUUGCCGCCAAUCCCAAUCAGAUAAAAAAUGCACAGAUCAUCCCCCAGGUCUAUCACACGCAGUCACGUCGCUUCGGAGGACCCGUACACCACCAGGCACAGAGAUUCAGGUUCUCUCCGAUGGGUGUAGACCACAUGGGCGGUCUGUCAGGGGCGAACAUGGGCGGGAGUGCGCAGGCCGGGUGGUGCAUCUUCAUCUACAACCUGGGUCCUGAUGCGGACGAGGGAAUCCUGUGGCAGAUGUUCGGCCCGUUCGGCGCCGUCACCAACGUCAAAGUGAUCCGAGACUUCAACACCAACAAGUGCAAAGGUUUCGGCUUCGUCACCAUGACCAACUACGAGGAGGCGGCUGUGGCCAUCGCCAGCCUCAACGGCUACAGACUGGGGGACAAGAUCCUGCAGGUGUCCUUCAAAACCAGCAAGACACACAAGUAGAGGACAUUGUUUAGAAAGCCGCUGUUUUAUAGUUUCAUCUGCUUCUAACACACACACACACACACACACACACAGUCACUACGUCACUGCACUCAUAAGCUGUAAAGUCAGUCACUUUAAUAUCGUGAUGUAUUGUUUAACUGGUUAUCGCCACAUGCUCUGUGUGUUAGUUCACGUUACACCACAUCCGCUCUUUACUGCAUCAUCUGCUAUUUUUUUUUUUUUUUUAGUAGUAAAAUGUUACUUGGCUUAGCCUUGGUAGGAUUUUCGUUCUUUUUUCUGCAAGUCACGUAAACAAGUCGUUUAACGCCCCGCCACUGACGUUUCACGUUUUCUCUUUUCCAUGUUCCAACUUCAAGUUGCUAGCGAGAUUUCCUUAAGGUACAUGAUGGAAUUUUUUUUAUAAAUGUAUAGUAUUAACCAGUUUAUAUGCUUGAUUAAGUAUUGUUCGCCUCCUAUACAUGUACACACACACACACACACACACACACACACAGGCUGUAGCGUUCUGUCGAUCAGAUACAACAUUCUAGUCUCUGUAUCAGAUCUGCAACUGGUCUGUUCCUGAUGAACAUGUUAAUGAAGCUGUGUGUGUGUGUGUGUGUGUACUCUACUUGGCGUCCUCUGCUGCCUGUGUGUGGGACUGCAUUUAAAAACUUUGGUGGAGAAAGGGGCGUGGUCUGACUACAUGUGGGCGGGGUUGAUGUUAAAAAUAGGAAAUGCAAAUCUUUAAUACUGAGGUGUAUUGACUAACAUGAACAUCUCACACAGGUUCUCCCUUAAAUUAAAUCAUUCUGUGGGACUGAACGGCUGAUUAUUAUGGGAUGCUCCAGAUCAGAUUCUUUCUUGAUGUCACUGAUUUUCAACAAUUUAUGCCUUAUUCUAUGUUUAAACAUUUUUAAGCAUUAGUUAAUGAAAGCGACUCUCAAAAAGAAAGAGAGCGAAUAAGUGAAAGAAGGACCAAAGGUGAGAAAAAAAUCCCCCCCCAAAAAAAGUAACACAAAGUAGUUCCCCUCUGAUUUCAGCUUCUUUAGAGGUCACAUCCUCCCUCCUACGUUUUGUUUAUUUGCUGUUUUGUGACUUCAGUUGUUUUGUUUUGUUUUGUUUUUUGUCAGUACUAUUAUAAAAAACGGCCUUUUGAUCAUUUUUUUUGUUUGUCUUUUGACAUUGUUUUGAUAAUUCUGAUCAUUAAAUUUUAUUUUGAUUUGCCGAGCAUUUUGAUUUGUUUCAUUUCUUUCUUUUGUUUGCUUUAUUUUCUAGGUGGUAUUAGACAGCUUUUAUUUUUGCCAGAUAAGUUGUUAAAUUCAUGUAUUUUCUUUUCUUAAUUUUUAGCAUGACCUGAAUAAGGAUUAGAUUUUGAUGCAGCAGGACCGAGACGCUAAAAUCCUGCUCUUUUGUAAAUAUGUAUUUAAUGAUGGAUUUUACUUUAUGCCAGCGGUUUAGUGUUGAAUCUUUAGUAGUGCACCGUGUCAAAUAUCAGGAAGUGAUCCAGACACGUCUGCUCUUUGAUGAAACAUCUAGCAGAUGAGUGCUUAUGUUUCUACUUCCUCAAGGGAACUUCAGGAGGCUGCUUAAGUAAUGAACCAUGUGGUGAAGUGUCUGUUCAGAAGGUGGCACGUGUGUCUGCGUGUUAUUCUCUUGGCCGUGUAUGUGUGAGUUUUAUGAAGACUAACGGUACUGUGAUGGCAGUAAUGAUGUAUAAAACAAGUUGUUUGAAGGAGGAUCAUUUCUACGAUCGUUUCCUGAUUUCUCAACCACUGAUUGGUUGAUGUCAUAAAGUCGUGGUGUAUAUAACGUUAUUACAGUACUGUAGCUACAGCUAGAUGUACAGACUUCGCCGGGUUCUGUGUCACCAUGGCAACCACACUCAACUACUGUUGCCAUAGUUGUGUUUAUACAUUCUGUAUCAGUCUCUUUUUUUCAGUCCUCUGUUUUCAAACCUUUCUUCAUUACCUCUGUUUGUCCCUCUGUCUCGCAGUCUUCUCUCUCUCUCUCUCUCUCGCGCACACACACACACACACACACCCACACAGACAGUUUCAGUUUAUACGAAACACUGUGUGCGUGUGUGUGAGAGAAGGAGCUGUUAAAGUAACGUGUACUUGUCCUGACCCUGUCCUGAGGUGAUGUGCAGUGUUCCCUCACCUACACGUGUGUGUGAUAUUUAUUGUGUUCACAAAAGACAUUUUGUCCUGUUUUUUUAUCGCCGUUCUUAGAUUUACAGUCCGACUGUAACGUGGUGUUCAUUUCAAAUAAAAUACCAAGCAAAAGGAAA